AUGGGAGGCCACAAACCUUACCUCGCCUAUAUUAUCCUGUGCCCCUUGUCUUCCUUUCCUCUACCGGAAGGCGAAAUCCAAUCUAGAAGCGGCCCUCCUCCCUCUCCUCCCCAUCCGAACCAAAUCUAAUCGACGCUUCCCCGAGAUGGGCCGCAAGUUCUUCGUCGGCGGCAACUGGAAAUGCAACGGAACCACAGAUCAGGUCGAGAAGAUUGUCAAAACCCUGAAUGAAGGACAGGUUCCCCCUGCAGAUGUUGUUGAGGUCGUUGUCAGCCCUCCUUAUGUCUUCCUAACUGUGGUCAAGAGCCUGCUGCGCCCAGAGUUCCAUGUUGCUGCUCAGAACUGCUGGGUGAAGAAGGGAGGUGCUUUCACUGGUGAAGUCAGUGCUGAGAUGCUCGUCAACCUUGGUGUUCCCUGGGUCAUCCUUGGACACUCUGAAAGGAGAGCUCUGCUGGGAGAAUCAAAUGAGUUUGUUGGAGACAAGGUUGCUUAUGCGCUGUCUCAGGGACUAAAGGUCAUUGCAUGUGUUGGUGAGACCCUUGAGCAGAGGGAGGCUGGGUCAACAAUGGAAGUUGUUGCUGCACAAACAAAAGCAAUUGCUGAGAAGAUCAGUGACUGGAGCAACGUAGUUGUUGCCUAUGAACCAGUAUGGGCCAUUGGAACUGGUAAAGUUGCCACCCCAGCUCAGGCUCAGGAAGUGCACGCAUCCCUGAGGGAUUGGCUAAAGAUCAACGUCAGCCCUGAGGUUGCUGAAUCUACAAGGAUCAUCUACGGAGGUUCUGUAACUGCAGCGAACUGCAAAGAGCUAGGAGCACAGCCUGAUGUCGAUGGUUUCCUUGUCGGUGGAGCUUCUUUGAAGCCCGAGUUCAUCGACAUCAUCAACGCGGCCACCGUGAAGUCCGCUUAAGAUGUUCCAACCCUUCACCCUGAUGCAGAGAUAUGCUGAAGAGGAAGGAACAUACAUUUUUUUGUUUAACUGUGCUAUGUAAGCUAGUAGUAACUUUGCGCUGGAGCAUAUACUGUUUUCCCUCCCCCCCAGCUUUUUGGGAGGCUACAGCUUGAGCUUGCUAAUAAUGUUUACCUCUGGACAUAUCAAUAAUGGUGUUUAUGUAGACCUUUUUUUGUGGCGAAUUAUGAUGGAUCCGUCAUCAGAACCAUGGGUUUGGUGUGUCCGUGUGUGUCGUCAGAACCAUGGGUUUGGUGUUUGUGAUACUAAGGGUGCGUUUGAUAGGAGAAACGUUUCAGCU